AUGGAUGUGGAUUUAUUGCUCCAAGCAAUAGACUCAUGUUCACCUGGUUUCAUUCCCAACCCGGAUUUUCGCACCAGGAACACCGGCAAGACCCAAGUGGGCCCUGAUCCUCGCGUUGGUUGGCCCAGUGUGGGCCCACACAUGAGUCCCAGGCUUCAUGACGCUAAACUUCACCUGUCCUUGCUUGCAGCUGGACGCUGCUUUGAAUUUCUCAACCAUACCGCAAGGCCUUCCCGUCAAUCUGUCCACAUUGUGCAACGAUCUCUGCAUCUCAGACAGAAACAAACCCUCCUUCUUUCCCUGCUUCAAAAAUCCAUAGUGAACUUUUGCAAAGCCAUCGUCAGGCCAGGUUCUCAAAGACUCCUGCAGAAUCAACCGGGCAUCAUCAUUUCUUCCCAGGGUCAAGUAGGCGACAAUCAAAGUCCGGAGAAUUCUCCUGGCCAAUUCAUCAGGCACGUAAGGCCCCAAGGUGACGGCUUUCGUCAUGAUAGUAAUGGACUCAUCCAACAAAGCAUUGCUCUUCUCGUAGAAGGCCAAGCGGGUUUGCAAAAAAAUAAAGAAAAGGAAAAACGAAUACAAAAAAAACAACCAAAACAGACCAUUCAAAUCCUGAAGGACAGGUUCAUGUUCGACAACGUUCUCCUCAACUUGCGGAAGAACGUUGUCAACAAUCUGCGGUUCUUCAACAGAAACAUGCUCAAUUUCUAUGUGUUCCAGCGGCUCAACAUGCUUCUCCGGAACUUCUUUCGGAGAAAGCAACAACAACGAGAGAAACCAGCUCACCUUCGUCAGACUGUUCAAAAUGAACAUCAGGGUGUUCAGGUGCUAAUCUGGACUCGGUCACACCAGCGAGGAUCGUCGAGGGCUCAACUUCAGGCUCAGGCACAGGAGGGUCUGUGGUCGCAGACCGAGUUUGCUGCGCAGAACGAACCUCUUCUUGCCAAGGCUGGUGACUACUUUCCUCUUCUCCUUCUUCUUCAUCGUCGUCGUGUGAUGCAUGAGGCAAAUGAUCGUCCUCGUGCUCCUUUCGCAAAAGACAGCAAAGACACCAACAAGAAGGGCAACAAACAGUGUCAGGAAGACAAUUCUACCACACAUGGAAGCACUUCCGUGCCCAUGAUGAUCAUCGUGAACUUC